GCCACCAUGCCGCCGCGCCGCCGGGGAUCUUCAGGCUACCGCGGCGUCCGCACGCGCCCCAACGGCCGGUACUCCGCCGAGAUCCGGUCCGGCGACGUCCGGCUCGGCCUCGGCAUGUUUCGGACCGCGCACGAGGCGGCCCGCGCGUACGACGCGGCGGCGUGGCGCCUAGAGAGGCCUCCGUCCCAGAUGAACUUUCGGGACGUCCACACGCGCGAACAGGCGCAGGCCGUCGCCCCUCCGCCUCGUCUGAUCACGGACCAGGACCGUGCGGACCACAUUCGCCUGCAGCGCCGCCUCCUCGUCGCCGAGGAAGACGAGCGAGCCAUGGCGGAGUGGCGCCGGCGCCACCCGGAGGACGUCGCCAACGAGCGCGCCUACUGGGCGGAGAGGACGGCAAGGCGCCGCACGGAGCGGGCGGACCGGCGUCGGCGGAAGGCUUUAGCGAUAUCGCAGUGCGAUAUCGUUGAAGCAGGUGGGAGGUCGAUCUUCAUGUCAGACGACGAACGUUGGGAGGAUAUAUGGAUCGAUACCUCGGACAGCACCUCCGAGGAUGAGGACUCGGAGUAG